CUUCCAUCUCUCCCUCUCUCUCUCUCUCUCUCUCUCUCUCUCUCUAAGCAUUGCUUCUGAGCGAGCUACAGAGUCAGAUACAGGCCGACUUCCCUUCUUCUGAUUCGAAUGUCCGCAUUCAUUGUUUCUAUAAUCGAUUCGAUUCGAUUUUCGUAUUUGGUUUCUGGGUUUCUUUCUGUUUCUCCAUAAGAAAUGUUAGAACAGCUCGCACGAGGCUCAGACGGGGAGGACCUACCUUACGAAUCCGCCAUUAAUUCCAAUUCCAGUCAAAAUUCCAUGAGCAGUGACAGUUGCAGCAGUUUCAGUCGUCUCUCAUUCGACGCCGCCACUGAUUUACCCACAUCCCGAUCCUCACCGGAGAGUCUCGAUUUAAAGCCUCACCGAUCAUCUGAUUUCGCUUACUCUGCUAUUCGUCGUCGGAAGUCCAAACUCACCUUCCGUGAUUUUCGUCUCCUCCGCCGCAUCGGUGCCGGUGACAUUGGCACCGUCUACCUAUGUCAGCUUAGAAACUCAACCGAAGGUUGUUAUGAAGAUGAAGAAGACGAUUCCUGUUUGUACGCCAUGAAAGUGGUGGAUAAGGAUGCUCUGGAAUUGAAGAAAAAGGUGCACAGAGCAGAAAUGGAGAGGAAAAUAUUGAAAAUGCUUGACCAUCCGUUUUUGCCUACUCUUUACGCUGAAUUUGAAGCUUCCCAUUUCUCUUGCAUCGUUAUGGAGUUCUGUUCCGGCGGCGAUUUGCAUUCUCUCCGCCAUAAACAGCCGCGGAAACGCUUCUCUCUCGCCUCUGCAAGGUUUUACGCCGCUGAAGUUCUUGUUGCUUUAGAGUAUCUUCACAUGCUUGGAAUUAUUUACAGAGACCUUAAGCCGGAGAAUGUUCUCGUCCGAUCAGAUGGUCAUAUUAUGUUAUCGGAUUUCGAUUUAUCUCUCUGUUCCGACGCUACUCCAGCCGUUGAAUCGCCGAAUUCCUCCCCUAAUCCGGCAUUGCCCGACUCAACGGCGUUCCCCAGAACCAACGCCGCCGCUGCCGCCUCCACAGCUCCAUUUUCCUGCCUCUAUAAUCGGCUUUUCCGGUCGCGGAAGGUCCAAACCUUGACACCCAACUGGCUCUUUGUUGCGGAGCCUGUCUCCGCUCGGUCGUGCUCCUUCGUCGGUACCCAUGAAUAUGUCUCGCCGGAAGUUGCCGCCGGCGGAUCCCACGGCAACGCCGUCGACUGGUGGGCGUUCGGAGUGUUUCUCUACGAGCUGAUCUAUGGCCGGACGCCUUUCGCAGCGUCAUCGAACGAGACGACGCUAAGGAACAUCAUAAAGAAGCCGUUGACGUUUCCGACCACGGGGUCGUCUGGGACGCUUGAACACCACGCGCGGGACCUGAUAUCCGGGUUGCUAAACAAAGACCCGACCCGAAGACUCGGGUCGAAACGCGGAUCCGCCGACAUAAAAAAGCACCCGUUCUUCAAGAGCCUGAACUUCGCCCUCAUUCGGUCGCUGACUCCGCCGGAAGUUCCCGGCGUUGUAGUUCCGCAGAAGCCAAAGCCGAAGCCGAUAGCGUCAAGCAAAGCCAAGGUGAAGCCGGCUCAUUCAGCUGGGUUCGAUUACUUCUGAAGGAAUCGACGGUGGGUAGGAAGGCCACGUGGCGCACCGACACAGCCGGGUUUUUUAACUGGCAGAUGACAGUCAAACGUGUAUAUUCGAUCUGCUCCCAUUUUCCACCUCUCCCCAUCGACUUUGACGUAUGUUUAAGUGACCUCCUCGUGAUACUAUAUUAUUUUCCCAUUUUUAUAACUUCCAA